UCAUGCUAUACCUUGGUGUGUUGACUGCUUUUUGACACGCAUUCAGUUUUUGCCAGCCGAUGAAAACAACUUUUGCUUACGCGUAAAAGUAUUGGAAAGUGAGGUGGCUUUUCUUCAAAAAAUCGUACGCGCAAUACUCGGGGCACUUCUCUGUUGCGGUUACGACAGCCACAUAGUAAAUGUAUCUUUUAUUUUUAUCUCCAACGCAAUCCGAUAUUGUUCGUAUCGUUUAUUUAUCGGUGGAGCGUGUGCGUGUCUGAAUGUUCCUCUCCUCUCGUAGGCAAAUAGUGCAAAAUCCAGUACGUGUCACUCGCUUGCCGUGAUAAGAACUACGUAGUACGGCAUCGAACAUAGUGUGGCAUAAAACACGAAUCUAAAAAAAAAUAGAAUAAUAACAAUUAGAAUAAUCAUAACCAGCACUACACAAAGCCAUGGCCGACGUUGUAGAGGAAGUGAUCGCACAGAUCCAAGAGAACUUGACCGCCACUGGCGUUGAUGGAGCCGGCGAUGCAGGGGUCGCAACGAACGCAACCGGGAAAAUUCCCUCGACCCCGGAGGGCAUGGCGCUAGCAUAUGGUACACUGGUUGUGAUGGCCUUACUUCCAAUCUUCUUCGGCUCGUUGCGUUCCGUCAAGCAUCACAAGGAGCAGUCGACGGCGUUUGCAAAAACGGGCGAAAAGCCGGACACGAUGUCGUCGAAGGACGCAAUGAUGUUCCCCAUCAUGGCAUCAUGUGCCCUGUUCGGGCUGUACAUGUUCUUCAAGAUCUUUUCGAAGGACAACAUCAACUAUCUGCUGACGGGAUAUUUUUUCUUCCUGGGUGUGAUGGCGCUGUCGCAUUUGCUCAGUCCAGUGAUUAGUUCACUGAUACCAGCCUCCAUUCCCAAGAUUCCGUACCAUCUGUCGUUCGUGCAAGGCCCACAGGAAGGCGGUGAAAAGAAGAGCAAGGAAAAGAAGUACCUCAUCGACUACCGGUUCACCACACACGACGUUGUGUGUUUUAUUGUUGCACUCAUAAUCAGCGUGUGGUAUUUGGUUCAAAAGCAUUGGAUUGCCAACAAUCUGCUGGGCCUUUCCUUUGCCGUGAACGGCGUGGAGUUGCUACAUCUGAACAACAUCGCCACUGGCUGUAUUCUAUUGUGCGGUUUAUUUGUGUACGACAUCUUCUGGGUAUUUGGAACGAAUGUAAUGGUCACGGUAGCGAAAUCGUUUGAAGCGCCCAUCAAGAUCGUAUUUCCCCAGGAUCUUAUGACGAAUGGGCUGUCGGCAUCUAACUUCGCCGUGCUCGGUUUGGGUGAUAUUGUCAUUCCAGGAAUAUUCAUCGCAUUGCUACUGCGCUUCGACAACAGCUUGAAGCGAAAAAGUAAGACCUACUUCUACGCUACUUUCAUCGCGUACUUCAUUGGUCUUCUGGCAACGAUAUUCGUAAUGCACGUGUUUAAACAUGCACAGCCCGCUCUGUUAUACCUAGUGCCUGCAUGUUUAGGCACACCGCUUCUGUUGGCAGUACUGAAGGGAGAUCUAAAAAAGCUGUUAGCAUACGAAGACCACCCGGAGGAAAAACCAUCGAAGGAGAAGGUGCCGAAGAAUACUAACGCGAACGCUGAAAAAAUCACUACACCCGCGAAAAAGGAAACGAAAAAAAAGGAGGCAAAAAAGGCUAAGUGAAAUCGAUCUCAAUCGCGGCAGCUCAGCAGCAAUAGUUCGUGCAAAUCACAAUAAAACGCCAAUAGCACAAACCUACUAAGUUACUUACGCUAAUGCGUUAAUUAACAGCGCGGCAUGUUUUCCAACACUGGGACUGAUUGACUGAAAAACAAUAUUAUUUAACUGAAGUGAGCCGUCGAAUUAAUAUUCACAAAUUAUGAAAGUACUAAUUGAAAAUGGAAAAUCUGACUAUCGAUGACACGUUAGGAAAAAAACAUUUGAUACAGCAGCUGCAGGAAAAGCAUGAAUUUUGGAUUCUGGUGGCUAAACGAACUGCUAGAAUCCACAGUGUAGCGUUGGGAUGUAAAAUACAAAAACGAAAAUGGGGAUACUUUGAAACUAUCCGACAGCGUAAUUGUAAAUUAUUGACGCGAUGUAUGCAAUUUCAAUAAAGUAUUUUUAUGUCUAGGAUGCUUUAUGAAA